CUAGAGGGCAGUAGCACCGGAAACAUCAAAAUUAUCUGCAUCCGCUCAAGAUGACACUGUCAACUUCAACGAUCAUAUUACCACAAUAACACCGUCUUUUUUCACGUUAUUCCGAGUGUUUCUGCUGAGGAAUUCGCUGUGUGAGGGUAGUUAUUUUCACUGCAUCAGUGUGUCCUCGAGGAGACAGGACGAUGUCAGAAGCGCUUUUCCUCACAUUCCAGUCUCAGCUCUCCCUUGUCAUGGAGACCGUUCUCAAGUCAGCCAUGUUUGAGAUCACCAGGCUGGUGGAGGACAGCUUCCUCAAGGAAGUGAGCAAUCGGAAACAGGAGCUGGAGGUCCUGAAACGAAGGCUGCAGUUGUCUGAGAGUAAACUGAGGGAGAGGGAGAGAGAGAGGGAGCGGGAGCAGGAGCAGGAACGAGGGAGGAAGACACGGUGCCCGGACUGUGGCCGAACAGGAGAGUCCAGCAGAGAUGAGAGCCAGCCUGUCGAGACAGUCCGGGGCCUAAGCUUGAGAGAUCAGUCUACCAAUCAGCCUACACUACCUGUAGAUGUGUGGAGCGCUAGACAACGCCUGGAGUCUGACAAACAAACGACAGCACACACACUCUGUAAGGAGAAGAAUGAUGUACACAGACAGAAUACAAAAGAGAUCGUCACACCUAACUCCAAUGCACAAAUUCAUCAGGAUUUUCUGCAGAGGAUUCUGGCCAAUUCAGUCAUCCACAGUGAGUCCACUAGUGACUUCACUCCCACAGUGAGCAAUGUAGACAAAUCCGCCAAAAACUUUACUCUCUGUAAGGAAACGGACUCAAACACCUCAAUACUGUUACAAAGUGCUUCAGCUCAGGAUGCGCACGAGGACUUGCCAUCAUCUUCACCAAACAGCAAAGUAAAAACAGAAACGGAGCUGGAUCUUUUAUCUGUCAAGGAGGAGGAAGAGAUGGUUCUGGUGUGGGACAGCGUCAACAGAGAUGACGGAUGCCAAGCAGAAAUGGCUGAUCCGAGUCCGGGAGAGCUCAGAGGUCCUUGUGAUCAGGAGGAGAUACAGGUAGAAAGCUUUCCAGGUCUAAACUCUCUCGACAUCCCAGAUGCCACCUCAUAUUUCACACCUUAUUCAGUCAGCACACUGGUAAAUCAAGGUAUUAGGGCACAACACAGUCAUUUAUGCACAACAGAGCUGAUGCUCUCUAGCAUACCAGAGAGGUCACAUUCAUUAGUCCAACCAGAAAAUGGACAAAGUUAUCCUGGUUCAAAGAGUUCCGUCCUCUAUUCUCACAAUGAUGUUUGUCCAGGUGUGAAAGCAAUCCGCCAUGCACAAAACCCACAGCGUUUCUCCCAGGACAAACAUGGGACGCCUGAACAAAUCCAUGCAGAAAGAUCCCACCAUUGCACCCAAUGUGGGAAAAAGUUUGCGAGAGCAUCCGACCUCAAGGCUCAUUCGCUGAUUCACAAGGGCAAGAAGCCUCUGAGCUGUUCGCAGUGCGAUCAGACGUUCGCCUACAACUUCGAGCUGAAGGCUCACCAGCGAAACCACUCAGGGGAGCGACCUCAUGUCUGUCCGCACUGCGGCAAGGCCUUCGCUCGAAUGAGCAACUUCAGGCAGCAUCAGAACAUCCACACGCGGGAAAAACUCUUCAGCUGCGCUCAAUGCGGGAUGCGAUUCAAUCGAGCCACCAACCUGCGAGUUCAUCUCAGACGACACAGCUACGCGGGGAAGACUCACAAUUGCCCUUUUUGUGGAAAGAGCUUUCUGGGUCCCAGGCAAAUGAAGGCUCAUUUACUGAAAGUCCAUGGAAGAGGAGGGAAAUAAACAUAACUAAUUUAUGUUUGGAAAUACUGAUUCGGAAUUGGAUCAAUUCAUGUUUAGAUGUUAUAAACGGUCUGCUCUGUUAAAACUCAAGAAGAUACCACUGUCCCAUAGUUGCCACCUUCGAGACAACUAAACAAGAUGUGGACAAAUGGUCAUGCAUGGAAUCUUUGCAUUGUGGAAAGAUGAGGAAACCUAUUUAGGUUUUAUCAACCGGAGUUAUUUUGCUGUUGUAGUGAUCAGUCAGUGUGUAAUAGCUG